UACUCGGUCCUUUUUCACUCUUCACUCCUCAUCCUCUCCUACAAUCCCAACUCCAACUCCUGCAUCUCGGUCUAUCGACAGUCACAAUGGUCGGUUUCAAGCACCUCGCGCUGCUCGCAGCUGCUACCUGCGGCUUCGCUGCACCCACUCUCAAGGAGAGAGCUGCUGAGACCAUGGUUCAAACCCGGGCUGAGAACAGCUACAUCAUCACCCUCAAGAGCUCCGUUGGCUCCCAGGGCCUCACCUCUCACUUGAGCUGGGUCAAUGAUGUUUACUCCCGCAGCCUCGACAAGCGUCAGUUCACUGGCGCCGAGCGCACCUUCUCCUUCAACACUUUCCAGGGUUACUCUGGCAAGUUCGACGAUGCCACCAUUGAGGCUAUCAAGGCCAGCCCUGAGGUUGCUGCCGUUGAGCGUGACGAGAUCUACACCCUGAGCGCCCUUGUCACCCAGACCGGUGCUCCCUGGGGUCUCGGAACCAUUUCCCAUAAGACCUCCGGCUCUACCUCGUACAUCUACGAUAGCGCCGGCGGCACUGGCACCUUCGCCUACGUCGUCGACUCGGGCAUCAACACCGCCCACACCAACUUUGGCGGCCGCGCCUCGCUCGGCUACAACGCCGCCGGUGGUGCCCACUCUGACACCCUCGGCCACGGCACCCACGUUGCCGGUACCAUCGGCUCUACCACCUACGGUGUCGCUAAGCUCACCUCCCUGAUCUCCGUCAAGGUCUUCGUCGGCAACUCCGCCUCCACCUCCGUCAUUCUCGACGGAUACAACUGGGCCGUCAACGACAUCACCACCAAGGGCCGCGCCGGCAAGUCUGUCAUCAACAUGUCCCUCGGCGGCCCUUCUUCCACCGCCUGGACCACUGCUAUCAACGCCGCCUACAACUACGGUGUCACCACCGUCGUCGCCGCCGGUAACGAGGCCCAGAACGCCGCCAACGUCUCCCCCGCCAACGCCGCCAACGCCAUCACUGUCGGUGCCAUCACCAGCACCUGGGCCAUCGCCUCGUACUCCAACUACGGCACCUCGCUCGACAUUUUCGCCCCCGGCAGCUCCAUCCUGUCCACCUGGUACACCUCUACCACCGCCACCAACACCAUCUCCGGUACCUCCAUGGCCUCCCCCCACGUCGCCGGCCUCGUCAACUACCUCCAGUCCGUCGAGUCCCUGAGCACCCCCGCCUCCAUCGUUGCCCGCAUCAAGGCCCUCGGUACCUCCGGCAAGAUCACCGGUACCCUCAACAGCAGCCCCAACCUGGUUGCCUACAACGGCAACGGCGCGUAAGCGGUUUCAUCAAACCGGCAAUUCGUCAAGCGACCGAAAGCCGGCCGUGGAAGGCGAGAAGACGUUCCGCCCUGUUCGC